AUGAGGCACACCCACCUCAUGGCCGCCGCGCUGACCGGCCCUCGCACUGGACCUGGAGAGUCCAGGACCCCGAGCCUCCUCCUGCUCCUGUUUCUCCUGCCUCACACCCAGGCUGCAGCCACGGCCCACAGGCACCCUGCCAGUGAGGGGGUCGCCUUUAGCCGUGAUGUGGCUUGUGGCCAGCGUCAUAUGCAGGGGAAGAUCAUGGGAGGCGUGGAUACCCUCGAGAAAAAGUGGCCGUGGCAGGUCAGUGUGCACUAUGCCGGCUUCCACAUCUGUGGUGGGUCCAUCAUUGAUGAAUACUGGAUCCUGUCAGCCGCCCACUGCUUUGACAGGAACAAGAUUACUGAAGCAUUUGAUAUAUAUGUGGGCCUUGUGGACCUCAGAGUUGCAGGCAAUCACACCCAAUGGUUUGAGGUGAAUAAGGUGAUCAUACACCCCACAUACGAAGUGCACCAUCCUGUUGGAGGCGACAUCGCUCUGGUGCAGCUGAAAACUCGCAUUGUGUUUUCCGACUCUGUGCUUCCCAUCUGUAUUGCACCCCCAGAUGUGACUCUUUCGAACCUUUCUUGCUGGGCUACAGGAUGGGGAUCCAUCUCCCAACAAGGAGACACUUCAGACAAGCUGCAGGAGGUGCAGCUGCCUCUGAUCCCAUUGCCCCUAUGCCAGCUGCUCUAUGGACACACGUCGUACAUUCUGCCGGACAUGCUGUGUGCCGGGGACCUCAGGGACAUGAAGACUGCAUGUGAGGGUGACUCUGGGGGCCCACUUGUCUGUGAAUUCAACCACACCUGGAUGCAAAUUGGAGUAGUGAGCUGGGGGCAUGGUUGCACAUACCCUAUGUAUCCUGCAGUUUAUGCCCGAGUCUCCUUCUUCUCAGAAUGGAUUCGUUAUCACGUAGAAAACACACCCUUACCUCUUCAGCCACUCCCUACCCUCUCCUCCGCUCCGGGGGCUGCCAUCAAUGUCCUUGUGACCUCGCUGGCUGUCCUGUCAAUGUUGUAA